UAGCAGCUUACCAUCAAGGAAAUCUGCAAUAUGUCCGUUGAAUGGCAAUCUGGAGUCGUUAAGAGUGUCACUUCGGGUGAUACGGUUGUCAUCAGAGGUACCCCACAGAAGGGACCUCCUUCUGAACGCACACUGUGCCUAGCUGGCGUGCAGGCUCCUCGUUUGGGUCUACGUCCCCGUACGGAGAACGAGACCACCACCGAUGAGCCAUACGCCUGGGAGAGUCGCGAUGCCCUGCGUACUCUGCUGAUCGGCAAGCCCGUGCGCUUCUGCGUGGACUACCACGUGGCCACCAUUGGGCGCGAGUUCGGUCGCUUGACUCUUCAGGAUAAGGAUGUAACCCAGCAUCUGGUGCGUGAAGGUGCGCUCAAGACCCGUCAGGGUCCUCAGACCAACGAGGACUUCGACACGCUUGUGGCGCUUGAGGAGCAGGCCAAGAACGCGCAGAAGGGCGUGUGGUCGUCGCGCGCUGCCAGCUGCAUUCGCAAGGUCACGUGGAACGUGGACAAUCCUCAGUCCCUGGUUGACCCUACCAAGACAUACGAUGCCUUUGUGGAGCAGGUGCGUGAUGGCUCCACCGUGCGUGUGUUCUUGCUGCCCAGCUUCCAGUACGUCACCAUCCAGCUGGCCGGUAUCAAGUGCCCCGGGUUCAAGACCAACCAGGCCGAUCCCUACGCCGCCGAGGCCAGGUACUUUGUGGAGUCGCGUCUGCUGCAGCGCAACGUCAAGGUGACCCUGCUAGGUGUGACCAACAACAACUUCCUGGGUACCGUACGCCACCAGAAGAAAGGCGACAUCACCGAGGCCAUUGUGCGCGAGGGUAUGGCUCGUGUGGUGGACUGGAGUCUCAAUGUGCUGCCCAACGGCAAGGAGGCCAUCCGCGCUGCCGAGGCACAGGCCAAGGAGAAGCGUCUGCGUCUGUUCCACAGCUACGUUGCUGCUAAUGCCGGCGUUACCGGAGAGAAGGACUUCCAGGCCAAGGUAGUGGAGAUCUCCAACCCCGAGACCAUUGUGGUGCUGAAGGCCGAUGGCUCCAAGGUCAAGCUUACGCUGUCGAGUAUCCGUUCCCCCAAGAUGCCCGAGGGAGAGGACCGACCCAAGUCCAGUAACGAUAUCCCCUUCAUGUUUGACGCACGCGAGUUCCUGCGUAAGCGUGUGAUGGGCAAGAAGGUGCACUGUCUCAUCGACUACGUCAAGCCCGGAACCGAUGGAUACCCAGAGAAGGUGUGCGCAACCGUGCUUACCAGUGACAAGCAGAACGUUGCCGAGGCCCUGUUGAGUAAAGGUUUUGCUACCUUGGUGAAGUACAAGCCUGAUGACGAGGCGCGUAGUUCACAAUACGAUUUGCUAUACACAGCCGAGGCUCGCGCCGUGGAACAGAAUCGAGGUCUGCACAAGAAGGGUAACGAAAACUACACAAAGCCUAUUGAUCUGAGCACGGAGAAGGAGAGGGCCAAGGCAUUCUUCGGGUCAUACCAGAGAGCCGGAAAGUGCGAGGGAGUUGUGGAUUAUGUCAUUAACGCGUCGAGGUUUAAGCUAUACGUACCCAAAGAUAACAUCAUGGUUGUGUUCCUGCUUGCGGGCAUCAACGUACCACGAACGGGUCGUAAAGGAGAGGAGUCUGAGCCAUAUGCAGAGGACGCCUCGAGAUAUAUUAAGGAUAACGCACUACAACACGAUGUGCAGUUCACGGUCGAGUCACAAGAUCGCAUGGGUAAUUUCAUUGGUAGUGCAUAUGUCAACGGUUUAAAUCUGGCGUUGGCUUUGGUAGAGGUUGGGUUCGCGUCGGUACACUCUGGGAGCGCGCAUCGCCUUCCCUACGGCUCGGAAUUAGAAGCGGCUGAGAAGGUAGCAAAGGAGAAGCGAAUUGGUAUCUGGACCAACUACGUUGAACCCAAGGCCGAGGAGAAGGUGGAGGAUGGGCCCAAGGAGCGCAAGGUUACCUACACGCCUGUAGUUGUGAGUGAAGUCACGUCCGCCAACCAGGUUUACGUACAGACUGUGCCGCAAUCAGAGACAGCCGACAAGUUCCUAAAGGACCUGAACGCACACUUUGAGGCCAACCCACCCAAGACCGGAUACACCCCGGCGAAGGGCGAACGUAUUGCCGCCAAAUUCAGUGAUGAUGACUGUUGGUACAGAGCCAUCUCCAAGGGACCUUCCGCGGAUGGCAAGAGCCACACCGUGACCUUCAUCGAUUACGGUAACUCUGAGAAUGUGCUCCCAGAGAACAUUGCGGAUCUGCCCUCUGAUUUCACAGCCGCUAAGGAGUGCGCCAGAUCUGUGAAUCUAGCGUGUAUUAAGGUGCCUGCUGACGAGGACUGGGUGGAAGAGGCACGUCUGUUUAUGUUGGAGGGGAUUCUCAACCGCACUUACAACAUGAACGUUGAGUACCAAGAGGAUGGCAAGGACUAUGUGACCCUUGUAGACCCAGAGGCGCAGGCCGAUGUAGGUAAGACUAUGCUGGCAGCUGGAUUCGUGCUGGUGGAGUCACGCCGCGAGCCCAAACUACGCAAGCUAAUCACUGAGUACAAAACUAGUCUGGACCACGCCCGCGAGAACAGACGUAACAUCUGGCAGUAUGGUGAUUUUGAAGGUGAAGAGGCGCUUGAUUUCGGUUACACUGCCCCCGCAGAGAAAGGCAGCAAGAAAUAGUCAGUAUGCUAUAAAAGGCUAAAAUAAAAUAAAAACUUCUUGAAGUUAACGAACAAGAGCGCACGGCUCUCACGGGCGGGCCACCAACUCCUAUUCGGUGAUAAAUAGAACGUGUG